AUGUUGUCAGCUCGUUCUGUCUUCCGCACUGCCGCCCGCGCAGCCACCGUCACUAGAACGCGUAUUGCCCGUCCAGCUUUCACUGCUGUGCGUUACGCUUCUGCCAAGGCUGCUCCUACUGAGGUGUCUUCCAUCUUGGAGGAGAGAAUCAGAGGCGUCUCUGAGGAGUCCAACUUGAACGAGACCGGCAGAGUGUUGUCCGUCGGUGACGGUAUCGCCCGUGUCUUUGGCUUGAACAACGUCCAGGCCGGUGAGUUGGUCGAGUUCUCCUCCGGUGUCAAGGGUAUGGCCUUGAACUUGGAGGCCGGCCAGGUCGGUAUUGUCUUGUUCGGUUCCGACGCCUUGGUCAAGGAGUCCGAGCCUGUCAAGAGAACCGGCAAGAUUGUCGACGUCCCAACUGGUCCUGAGUUGUUGGGCCGUGUUGUCGACGGUUUGGGCAACCCAAUCGACGGCAAGGGUCCAUUGAACAACUCCGCCACCUCCAAGGCUGAGGUCAAGGCCCCAGGUAUCUUGCCAAGAACCUCCGUCCACGAGCCAAUGCAGACUGGUUUGAAGGCCGUCGAUGCCUUGGUCCCAAUCGGUAGAGGCCAAAGAGAGUUGAUUAUCGGUGACAGACAAACCGGUAAGACCGCCGUUGCCUUGGACACCAUCUUGAACCAGAAGAGAUGGAAUGAUGGCUCCGACGAGUCCAAGAAGUUGUACUGUGUCUACGUCGCCGUUGGUCAAAAGAGAUCCACCGUCGCCCAAUUGGUCAAGACCUUGGAGAGCCACGACGCCAUGAAGUACACCAUCAUUGUUGCCGCCACUGCUUCCGAGGCCGCUCCAUUGCAAUACUUGGCUCCUUUCACCGCCUGUACCAUCGGUGAGUGGUUCAGAGACAACGGCAGACACGCCUUGAUCAUCUACGAUGACUUGUCCAAGCAGGCCGUUGCUUACCGUCAAUUGUCCUUGUUGUUGAGAAGACCACCAGGAAGAGAGGCUUACCCAGGUGACGUUUUCUACUUGCACUCCCGUUUGUUGGAGAGAGCCGCCAAGAUGUCCAAUGCCAACGGUGGUGGUUCCUUGACUGCCUUGCCAGUCAUUGAGACCCAAGGUGGUGACGUGUCUGCGUACAUUCCUACCAACGUCAUUUCUAUCACUGACGGUCAAAUCUUCUUGGAGGCUGAGUUGUUCUACAAGGGUAUCAGACCAGCUAUCAACGUCGGUUUGUCCGUCUCCCGUGUCGGUUCCGCCGCCCAAGUUAAGGCUAUGAAACAAGUUGCUGGUUCUUUGAAAUUGUUCUUGGCUCAAUACAGAGAAGUCGCUGCUUUCGCCCAAUUCGGUUCUGACUUGGACGCUUCUACCAAGCAAACCUUGGCCAGAGGUGAGAGAUUGACUCAAUUGUUGAAGCAGAAGCAAUUUUCUCCAGUUGCCGCUGAGGAGCAGGUCCCAGUCAUCUACGCCGGUGUCAACGGUUUCUUGGAUGACAUCGAGAUCUCCAGAAUCGCUGAGUUCGAGGAGUCUUUCUUGUCUUCCUUGAAGUCCAACCAACCAGAGAUCCUUGAAGCUAUCAGAGUCAGAGGUGAGUUGUCCAAGGAGGAGUUGGCUUCUUUGAAGAGCGCCACCGAGACCUUCGUUGCUUCUUUCUAA